AUCCUGACACAACCAUGCAAGUCGCAAAUGUUUUGUUAGUCUUCAACUUUAUCAAGUUUGUUUUUGGAUGUGGAUCAUAUGUAUACCAUGAUCAGACCCCCUUCUGCAACGCUGCUUAUGCCAUCGUCGGCAUAGUACAAGAUUCGUGGGAAUCAGCCGAUGAGUCUCUGUUUCAGGUUAAAGUAACAUCAAAUAUGAAGGGCCAGGUAACCUCCACAGGAGGGGUAAUAACAGUCUCUGGUAGAGGGAGGAUGCAUUCGUGUGGCCCUACAAGAAUGACUCGCAACAAGGCAUACAUCAUAUAUCUUUCAAUAGACGAAGAUUCGUCCUACAAGCUAAAAAUCACCGAGAAAGAAGACUUCAGACUAACCACUAUGGACAGAAUAUGGAAUUACGACUGCUCUUGCCAGAUCGAGAUCAACCUUCCACGACAAUCAAUUCCUAACAGUGGAAUUCCCGCCAGAGACAAAUGUGUGAUCACAGAGCGAGAAUUGGGCUGUCCAUUUCAGAACGGAUACUGCACCAGGCGAAAUUCACGUAAUGUGUGUCAAUGGGUUCCAGGGGUGAACGAUUGCUGAAUGGUGGAGAAAUUUUAGAACUUAAAACAUAAUUUUGGCACACUAUUUUUUCUUUCUUGUUUUUAACGCUCUUUUCUCACACAAAAUUUACUAGCUAUCAAAUAGAUUGCAUUUCCGGACUCCAAUAUGUU